AUGUCAAAAGUUUACGACUACGCAGAAGUUGCGAAACACAGCACUGCAGAAUCAUGCUGGGUAGUCCUCUACGGCGCCGUGUACGAUGUCACAAAGUUCAUCCCAUCACACCCUGGUGGUAGCAAAGUAAUCCUCCAGCUCGCUGGUCAAGACGCAACUGAAGAGUACGAUCCCAUUCACCCCCCAGGGAUUCUUGAAGAGAAUCUUAGACCCGAAGACAAACUCGGCACUAUCAACCCUGAUACCCUCCCAUCGACGACCUCUCCUGAGUCCCCUGCUCUAUCCUCAGCUCCCUCAGCUUCCUCCGGUCCCCCAUCUCUCUCCUCCCUUCUCAACCUGACCGAGAUUGAAAUCGCCGCGACAUCUCUCAUCAGCAAGAAAGCUUGGGCAUACUACUACUCUGCCUCGGACGAUCUCCGCUCCAAAACUCUCAACAACACCGCCUACACAUCCAUCCUCCUGCGCCCCCGGAUAUUCAUCGAUUGCACUCGCUGCGAUCUCUCCACGACCCUCCUCUCUCACCCCGUUUCGCUCCCAAUCUACGUCUCACCAGCCGCGAUGGCGCGCCUCGCACACCCCGACGGCGAAGCUGGUAUCGCACGCGCAUGCGCCAAAUUCGGCGCCGCACAACUCAUUAGCCAGAACGCAAGCAUGACGCCGGAAGACAUCGUAGCAGGUGCGGAGCCUGGACAGGUAUUCGGAUGGCAGUUGUACGUGCAAAACGAGCGGACAAAAAGCGAGGCCAUGCUAGCACGAAUCGCGAAGCUGCCGGCCGUGAAAUUCAUUGUGCUGACGCUCGAUGCGCCGGUGCCGGGAAAGCGCGAGGACGACGAGCGGGCGAAGAAUAUUUCUAUUCCUCAACCGACAAGCGCUGCUGUGCAAGCGGGAGAGGAUACGAAGGCUACCCCUGGUGCACCAGGUCCCGGCGCUGGUAUCGGCGCAGCGUUGUUCUGGGGCACGGCAGCGGAUCUGACAUGGCGUACGACGCUCCCCUGGCUGACUCGACAUACGCGCCUCCCCAUCGUCCUUAAGGGUGUUCAAACUCACGAAGACGCAUACCUUGCCUCGCAACAAUCGCAAGUGCGGGGCAUAAUACUGUCGAAUCACGGGGGUCGAGCGCUCGAUACGGCGCCACCGGCUGUACACACACUGCUGGAGAUACGGAAGUAUUGUCCGGAGGUAUUUGAGCGGAUUGAGGUGUGGGUGGAUGGCGGGAUUAAGAGGGGCACGGACGUAGUGAAGGCGUUGUGUCUGGGGGCUAAAGGUGUUGGGAUCGGGAGAGCAGCACUGUUCGGGUUAGGCGCUGGGGGUCAGGAAGGCGUUGAAAGGACGCUGGAACUCUUGAAGGCGGAGACGGAGACAUGUAUGAAGCUGUUAGGUGUGGAGCGAGUGGAUCAGCUAGGGCCUCAAUUUAUCAAUACUCGUACGGUCGAGCGAGACAUCUACGAUGGACCAGCGAACCUCGAACGACCGACUUUGUGGGAGAACACAAGAUCAAAACUGUGA